GCACACGUAUAUUGGAUACUUAUUGUGUCUGUACUAGUGAUUUGCUAGUAUUAUGAGGCUAUGCCAUGUUUUGAAUUUAAUUUGCUGAAGUACUACUUUUUCAUACAUCCAGCGGAUGAACACGCCCUCACUGCGCUCGGUGACAGCGUGACGUCUUUACUGUGCGCCUCGUGUUGUUUACAGACAGCCGUUAGGUAUUCAGCUUCCCAAAAAUCAGUUGUUUUGAUCCCAAACAUGGGAGAAAUAGUUCAAGAUUAUAACAUGAGUGCAUAUCGAGGACAAGCACAGAGUAAAUUAGACGAUCAUUAAUAGAGAAAACAGCGUUGUUUGGACGGCAAAUUUGUGUAAAGUAUUUUUAUGGAUGUUGUCUGAAUGCAUCUGAAUUGGAGGCUGCAAACCAAAAAGUUGCCAAGAGGUUAAAGUCACCUGGACAGCUGCCACUUUUAAAGUUACUGUCUGGGCCAAUAUGACAAUGUGAGAAGUCAAACAUGGAUGAAGAGGAAGAUGUGGAGACAAUUGGUGAGCAGCUGUACAGUCGGAUUUACCCAAAACAUGAAGAGUAUGCAGGAAAACUCACAGGUAUGUUGCUGGAGCUGCCAGGUGCUGUCCUGAGCCAGAUGCUGCAGGAUGAGGUGAUGCUGACCGCAGCCGUGGAGAAAGCUCUCAGAGCCCUGCAGGUGGCACAGGAGCCCAGCAAAGUAACAUGUAAAGAGGAGGAUGACGUGUCUGCGUCCUCGGACUCUUUGGGGGAGCAGCUGUUUGAGCUGGUGGAUGUUUACAACACCGGUCACUCACAGAAAAUCACAGGAAUGCUUCUGGAGCAGCACAAAGAGGCCGUGUUAAACCUACUCUCAGAUUCCAAACUGCUGGAAGAGCAGGUGAACCGAGCUCUGAAGACACUAAAAGAGCAGAAUGUGGAAGAGACGGACGUCAGUGACUCGUCGGACGCUGAUGACACAGAGAGGCUGGGAGAGAGGCUCUUUUCAUUGGUGGAGGAGCUGGAUCCACUUCAUGCAAAUUAUAUUACAGGUAUGCUACUGGAGAUGGAACCGGUUGCUCUCCGACAGCUGCUCAAUGACCACAAGAUGCUGGAAGUUGCUGUUCAGAAAGCAAAAGCAGCGCUGGACACUUAAGAGUUGAACUUUCUCAAUGAUAAAUACUUACUUGAACAGAAGAGGACAACAAAGUUUUGCACACAGAAUCAACACAUCAAUUAAAGAGCUCAGAUACUAUAAUGGUGGGAAGAGAUGACAUGUCUCUCCAGGAUAUCAUGUUAAUACAAAUGACCUCUUACAUAACCAGCUACUCUUAUGUUUAUUUUAUACUGAUCAACUGUACUGGACCAACUGUAAAUAACUGAAGAGUCUGGAAAGCUGAAAUCAAGUUGAUAUGACCCUGUUUCCUAAUUCCUGAUUGUCCUUCUUAGAUAAAUGAACUGAACACAAAUGUCAAAUGAAAAAUAUUUGUCUGCUCCACCUGGGAGCCGGACUUCCACAAUAGGACAUCAGAAUCAUUGUGUGCUUGAUAAAAAAAAAUCUCUACAGUGGGCUGUAAGAGAGGAUUCACUCAAAAGAAGUGCUUAUCUAAGUGUUGCCAACAGUCGUGUUAUAGAUGUACAAUGUAUUUGUUGUUCAUUUUCUAUUUGUACUGUGUCAUAAUGAUGUAAUAGUGACUUGGUGAAUUUUCUUUGCUAACAGAGAAUACAGAGAAUGUAUUAUAUAUAAAUUAAGGAGACUCUACAUUGGAUCAAGUUGUCUGUUGAUCCAUCACCUUGAUUCAAACUGAAAUAUCUCAACAACUAUCGGAUGGAUUCCCGUUAAAUUUUGUACAGACAUUCAUGGUCCUCAAAGGGUGAAUCUUACCAACGUUGAUGAUCCCGAGUUUAUUCCUGGCAUCACCAGCAGGUCAAAGUUUUCACUUAUCCUGUAAAAUAUCUCAACAUCUGCAUGAUGGGAUGGUAUUUUGCACCAAUAUUGAUGGUUCCCAGAGGAUGAAUCCUGACUUCGGUGAUCUUCUGACUUUUCCUCUAGCACCACCAUGAAGUUCACAUUUGUGGUUUUGGGUGAAUUUAUAUCUCAACAAAUAACGUAUCCCCUUCAGGAUGAUUUGUAACAACUUUGAUGAUGACCUAACUUGCACCAUCAUCAGAAAAAAAUGUUUAAAUUCAGUUUGUCCAAUACUUUGGUUUAUGAUCUAAAUACCUGCAAAACUAAUGACAUCAGCCUCAGCGAUACUUUGGGUUUAGUGCUAUUUAGUCAAUUCAGUGUUAACAUGCUAACAUGAGAACUAGCAAGUCUGACAUAAAUAUUUUGUCAGUUUGGAUGAGGAAACCAAUUUUUUUUAUCGUGCAGCAGACUGAUGUUUUUUAUCCAGAUAUUUCUGGACUUUCAUCUAUUUCACAUGGCAACACACUGUGGGAAAAAUGUUUUGGCACGGCCUUAUUUACUGAGAUUUCCUCUCCAAAACACAACAGUGAUUUAAUCACAAGACAGCUCUCUGUCAG